AUGGAAUGCCCAAUUCGCCACGUUGAAACUGAGUUUGGAGAAGGCAAGAAUGAUAAUCAGCUUUCUGCGACGAUCUUGGAGGCUUCGAGUGUAUUAGAAGGCAUUGAUCCUCGAGGCCGAGUGUUCAGCGCCUCCAUGAAGAUUCAUGGCCCUUUUUCUACAGCCUGGGUCACGGAAAUCGGGUUUUACUCUCGUGAGAUAGGAUGGAAUUCACAAAUAGCCACAGCUGGACCCUAUGCUGCCGUCUUGGAGCCAAGUCAGAGCCAGCGGGACAAGCCAGAGCAGAAUUGUACCUAUGCGAUCGUCGAGCAAGGAAACUUGAAGGGACGCUGCUUCUUGGAUGUACCACUGGCAUUAUGCCGAAGUAAGCCAGCAGAGAUUACUGUUGGCGAUGAGGUUGGGCUUCUCCUAAUGUCGUCUACUAUAGCGCUUGUGUUGAGGCCAUCAGUACAGCCUGGAGCAUUUAUCAGAGUAGGGUUCUUCAAACGUGAAGACGCUCAAUGGAAACUUUUCUAUCCAACUGAGGGCAUUCUGCUGGUUUGA